GCCCGUUCCCCGCGCCGCCGCCCCCCGCCCGCCUCCCGGGAAGCGCGGGCACGGCCCCGCCGCCGCCGCCGCCCGCGGUGGACGCGUCCCGCGCCCGCGGCCCCGCGCGCCGCGCCAGAUUCCCUCUUGCAGUCCGGGGGUGCUCCUGCACCCCUGCAAACACAUCCCUGCCAACAGCCUGUGACGGCCUCGGGACCUGCUGCCUCCCUGCCACCAGCUGGAGAGGAGAAGCCAGCGGGGACUGCUGGGAAGGGGGACUAACCCCCCAUCCAUGGCAGGGAGCAACUGCCCGGGGCUACCGGAGAGCAGCCAGUGCCCGGAGCCUACACCUGCCCCUGGGCCCCAUACCAUCCACACCACUGCCCUGGAGGCUCCCGGUGAGCCCCAGCCAUGUAGGCACAGCCUGGGGCUCCACUGAUGGCCACCAUCAACAUGCAGCAGGGCUACGCUGCCGUCCUAUGUGUCCUGGCCAUGCUGGGGCUGGAGGCCGCGGCGCCGGGCGAAUGCGAGCUCACCCGCCUGCUCCAGGACAAGUUGCAGUACGAGAUGCGCCUGCAGUACAUGAAACACUACUUUCCCAUCAACUACACAGUCCAGGUCCAGUACGAAGAGGUGCUGAGGCCGUCCAACAUCACCCGUCUGCGCAACGGGACAGUGUCGGAGGCAGCUCUGCGGUACCUCUGGUUCCAUGUCAGCUCCCAGGCAGUGCUGCGGAUCCGUGAGGUGCUGCCAGAGAAGCACCCAUCCUGGAAAUACACCCAGGAACUCUGCCAGCUCUUCGAUGCCCUGGGCGAGGAGUAUAGCAAGUACCGGCAGACAGAUGUGGAGACAGUGGUGGCCGACCUGGUGAAGCUGAUCCACAGCGCGGGCGCUGAGAGCCGGAGCAAGGCCGUGCGCCCCAAGGCCCUGCUGGACAACUGCCUCAAGGUCAUGCGGAUGCUCUAUGGGGUGCCCUGUCGGUGGGAGUCCACCUAACCCUGUGGAAGACCCCUCAUUCGACACCUCCUUGACCUGGAGCCUCGGAUGCUGCCUCUGCUCUGCUCCUCCCAGAGCCCCAUGGGCAGAUCCCAAGGAAGGUGCAAAGGUGGGACAAUGCCACUCCUUCCAGGACCAAACACAACCCCUUCCAGAACUGUGGGACUGUUUAUGCCUGUGGAAUCUUGUCUAUCCGAAACGUCUGGCACCCUUUGCAUGGGUGUGGGGUCAGACACAGCCCCCUGUGGCAGGCAGCUGUUGGGGGCACACACAGCCCUCCUUGCCCACAGGGCAGGUGAGGGCAUCACCCUGUUUCUCUCGAUUUGUAUUUUUUCCUCAGCUUUCAUUAAACACCAGUUAAUUCUCUAGCAUUGCAGCUCAGCUUCUGACUGGGUCCUGGGAGCCUCCAGUCUUACCCGAAAUAAAGGACCAGCAAACAGAA